UCCGAGCCAAUCCAAUGAUUUCUCGAUCGCGGGUUUCGCGGGGUUUUAGUGUGGUCGUCCGGUCUUCGGAGUUAUCAAAAUUUCAGUACUUUUGAAACUCUUUAUCAGUACCUUUGCUCCUCCCACCGGACUAUAACCAUGAGACGGAUCAAGCAGUCGCAAGUGUCACAAGCUGCGUCUCGCAGUACUGCAAGGCCCAGUGCUUCGUCGUCGAAUGUGGCCACUACUUCCCAAAGAUCAAGUGCCGUGGGAACGGGUAACGACGAAUUCACGAACCUGGUGAACAAUACUGUUUAUUACAUUCUGGUUGCUGACCAGCACAAGACGCCAAUCAAAAGGAAAGAUAUACAGAAGUUUGUACUCAAAGACCACUCCAAGUCUAUAAAGGAAGUGCUCAAAGAAGCAAAGCAUAAGCUGAGCGAGGUGUUUGGAUAUCAGCUGAUUGACCUGAACGACCGGCUGGGGUCCUACAUACUCGUGAGCCAGCUGAAUCUGUCUGAGGCUAGGGAUUUUCUAAACCGAAAUGACGCCGACAACGCCAGGCUUGGUCUCAUCACGUUGCUGCUGGCCCUGAUUCUUAUGAAUAACGGGACAGUCACCGAAGAGAAGCUCUGGAGCUUGUUGUCACUCUUCGGUCUGCAGUCCGAGGCGGACGACCCGGCAUUUGGCGACCUGCGGAAGUUGAUCACGACGGAUCUAGUGAAGCAGGCGUACCUGGAGUACACAGCGGUAACGAACACCGAGCCGCCGACGCAUCAGUUUCGCUGGGGCGUGCGAGCCAUCCACGAGGCCUCGAAACUGACUGUCCUCGAAUUUGUCUGCAAGGUCUUGGGCAACGGGGUACGGCCAGAACAGUGGACUGCGGUGUACAAUGACAUCAUACGCUGCCAACAGCAGGAACAGCAGUAAUCCAUGCACCAACUGCACAUAACUUGUUUGCUGUACAUAACGCUUGCAGAGUUCAUUGCACUUAAUUUUUUUUUAUCAUACCUUCAAGAGCUUAAAAGACUAUGGUAGUCUUUUUCCAAAGAGGUGUAGCGAUGCUUAGUUAAUAUUUGGCACAUGUUUGCUUGCCUCAAAAGAAGGAGGCUUGUUCCACAGUGGGACUUCAGCAUACAUUUCACCAGGGUUUAUGAAGAGAUAUCUUUUAUCGAGUUGCAGAUGUUCCACGAAAAUAAAUAAUGAAAGAAAAUG